AUGGCUUCCCCCACCCGUCCUCGUGUUACUAUGGAAGAGAAGAUUGCUUCCAUCUGCUCCCACAUCAAGAGCUUCAAUUUAACUCCGAAGAGUUUCUUGACCGCAUUUCUAUCUCACAGCGUGAUGAAUGCGGCUUUCCGUCGACGAUUUUGGGGAACUGUGGGAUGGCCGGGAACCGAACGGCUGCUUCACUCGGUGAAAAACCUAGUAUGUGCACACUUAGAAGGCCAAGGGCACUGGGAGGACUUCAUAUUAGACCAGGCGAUUGCAAUUGCGCGUUCAGAGAGACCUCGAAGCGGUCGUUAUCCAGAGGGAGCAUAUGUCAACUCGGCCAGCUUAUCCGUUGACUUCUUCACCGAGCGCGAACGUUUGGCUCGGAAUCGGGCCUUGACAAAUCAGAUGCCCUUCAUGUAUAAGCUGAUGUUUGCAAAGCUGCAGGCAGGUGAUGAUUUAGGUGAUGAGGAAGAAGAAGAGGGUUUCGAUCUAGCCGAUGAUGAGGAAUUAGAAGGAUCGACUCAAGGCAAUGUUUUUGGUCCAGAAGGGACAAAUGUUGGGUCAACACAAUUGGCUACAGAUGGCGUGCCGACCGAGUUGCUGAACCGAGAUGAGAAUAAUCCUCUGGGCCCUCUGGAUUCCGACGGGGCAACUCCUCCGCCUAAAGAUGACUUCAAUCUAACUGAGGAUGACAUCAAUGAAUUUGAAGGCGGGUUUCUCUGCAGGAGUCCUGAUCGACAAGUGCGCAGAAGGGUUCGGGUAGAAACAAUGGCCAGGACGAUCUGUGCUAUGCUCGCUUUUGGUACAAACCGCCGUCAUAAUGGAUUCCAACUGAGCAAUUCAUUGAUUUUCAUGGCUUCUGGUGUCACCGAGCGGGUCAACUCGUACCUUAACUACAUAGGAUUGUGCUCUUCAAGGAAGACGGCUCAUGUUGCGCUCAAGUCCCUUGGCCAAGAGGCCGAAAAGAAUCUCAUUGUCCGCUUCUCACUUGAAAAGGCCCCAUUGGUUCCACCAAUCAUCUGCUAUGACAACUUGGACUUCCAACAGAAAGUCCACAUGAAAUCUGUUGGCCAUUCAAGUGUUAUGUUUCAUGGGACUUGGGGGUAUAUACACUCUAUUCCACCAAGUGUCCGGAAAUCUCUGGAUCCAACCCAACUCACAACUGAGGCCCUCAAGCAGGCACUUCACAAUGCAUCAAAGCUGAAAAUACAACCCAGGAUGUUUGCACCAAGCCUUCAGAGCACCAACCACUUCGAAGCAACCGUAAAAUCGCAAAUAACACAAGUGAUCCUCCGGUAUAUUGCCACUCCAUUCGAUCGUGAGGUUGAACUGGCCAAAGACCCACCGGCAGUGCAACCUCUUGCACCGGAACUGCCAAACAUUUCAAUGUUAAAAUUAAUGAUUGCGUCAGAUAAUUCUGCAACUGGGGUUGGAGAGGUUUUCACAGGGGUUAUUCAGCAGUCAGGUUUGACACCAGAAGAGUUCCAUAGUCGACUGCAACUGGUUGAAGGCGACCUUGGCUCGUGUAACAUAUUUGACUCGCUGAGGGCUCAACGGACACCUGUGCGCCGGCACGCAUCUGCCCUGGAUAACAUCCUCCCAAUCCCCGGGGCUGCUCAUACCCUCUGGAAUCUGGCGCAGUCGAUAUUCCUAGCUCAUUGGGGGGAUGAGACACACUCGCGAGACACUGGCGCCUGGCGUACACUUCAUGCUUUAGGAAUCCCAGCAGACAAGCCGGUAACUAAAAAGGACUUCAACCUGAUGUUGUCCCAUAUCCAAAAAAUUCAUGAGGUUACUCUAAUAUAUUGUGUCUUGGUCAUCUUAGGAAAAGAGCAUGAGCCAUUAGGACCGGAGCUCAUGAAGAUGUCUUCCAAAUCAAUCAGUGAAUUAGUCCAGCAGACCUAUGAUCGGUUCUGCUCAGGUGGGGCCCAGAAGUCCGAACUCGCCUUAAAGUACAAGACGCAUGCGAAUAUGAUCCUCCGAAUCAGGGACUUCGCAACAAUUAUUGAAGCCAUCCGCGCGAUGAGGGCAGGUGACCCAGGCCGUCUCAUGUAUAUGUGGGCCAGAUGGGCUGUCAUGAGCCAGGCAAUUGGAAAGUUGCCCCACUACUCAAAACAUGUUCCAAGGCUGAUACUCCUCAUGAACGAGGUGUUGCCACCAUCACUAGCAAGUAUUAUUAAAAGCACCCUGCUGAUUUGCCCUACCGGGAAAAACAAGCGAUUUGUUGCAACAGAUUUCUACCUUGAAAUCCAGAAUUAUUGGUUGAAGUAUUUUUUCAAUCAUUCAGGAAUUGGGACCGAGAUAGACCGGUUGAAGGAUGUCUUUUCAAUAAAUAUCCCAACGGUGUGUCUUCCUUUGAAAUUCCACAUUAUUGCUCAUUACUAA